AUGGAGAACAUGAUGCAGGGCAAUAAGAUCAGACGAGUUGCAGCUACUCGCAUGAAUGAGAGGUCAUCUCGAUCACACACGAUUUUCCGGAUUAUUCUGGAGUCGAAAGAUGCCAAUCAGAAAGAUGGACCUGUACAUAUAAGCUACCUUAACUUAAUGGACUUAGCUGGUUCUGAGAGAGUUUCUCUGACGAAAGCUGCUGGUGAGCGUCUUAAAGAGGGGGCUAACAUAAACAAAUCUUUGUCAGUAUUAGGAAAUGUGAUAAGGCAACUAAGCGAGGGGAAGGAGUUUAUCAGUUAUCGCGAUUCGAAAUUGACUAGACUGCUCUCACAGGCUCUUGGCGGUAAUGCCAAAUCAUUGAUUAUCGGGAAUCAGGAAUGUACAAAUUCAGAUGUAUAUGGAUCUGUAGUAAAACCUUUAGUCGAUUCCUUCAUGGAAGGUUUCAAUGCCACAAUAUUUGCAUAUGGCCAAACAUCUUCUGGCAAAACACACACCAUUUUGGGCAAUAAAACAGAUCCUGGGCUUUUCCAAUUAGUAUCCAAUCAGUUAUUCCAGCAUGUGGCAGACCAGGUUGAUAAGAGGUACUUGAUUAGAUGCAGUUAUAUUGAAAUCUACAAUGAAAAGAUCAAUGACCUCCUGGAUAAGAGCAAUCAGGGUUUAACUAUAAGAGAAGAUAUCAAAGGAAAUGUGCUGCUUGAUGCAAGGGAAGCUGUCGUAGACAAUGUUGAUAAAGUUAUGGAGAACAUGAUGCAGGGCAAUAAGAUCAGACGAGUUGCAGCUACUCGCAUGAAUGAGAGGUCAUCUCGAUCACACACGAUUUUCCGGAUUAUUCUGGAGUCGAAAGAUGCCAAUCAGAAAGAUGGACCUGUACAUAUAAGCUACCUUAACUUAAUGGACUUAGCUGGUUCUGAGAGAGUUUCUCUGACGAAAGCUGCUGGUGAGCGUCUUAAAGAGGGGGCUAACAUAAACAAAUCUUUGUCAGUAUUAGGAAAUGUGAUAAGGCAACUAAGCGAGGGGAAGGAGUUUAUCAGUUAUCGCGAUUCGAAAUUGACUAGACUGCUCUCACAGGCUCUUGGCGGUAAUGCCAAAUCAUUGAUUAUCGGGAAUAGCGUCUUGGACGUAAGAGUAAACUGCAUAUGGGAAGCCGAUGAAAGUAGUCGCCAUGGAGAGGUUUAUAUAUACGACCAUGUAUUUAAGCAGGAAUGUACAAUUCAGAUGUUUCAAUGCCACAAUAUUUGCUAUGGCCAAACAUCUUCUGGCAAACACCACACCAUUUUGGGCAAUAAAACAGAUCCUGGGCUUUUCCAAUUAGUAUCCAAUCAGUUAUUCCAGCAUGUGGCAGACCAGGUUGAUAAGAGGGAAGCUGUCGUAGACAAUGUUGAUAAAGUUAUGGAGAACAUGAUGCAGGGCAAUAAGAUCAGACGAGUUGCAGCUACUCGCAUGAAUGAGAGGUCAUCUCGAUCACACACGAUUUUCCGGAUUAUUCUGGAGUCGAAAGAUGCCAAUCAGAAAGAUGGACCUGUACAUAUAAGCUACCUUAACUUAAUGGACUUAGCUGGUUCUGAGAGAGUUUCUCUGACGAAAGCUGCUGGUGAGCGUCUUAAAGAGGGGGCUAACAUAAACAAAUCUUUGUCAGUAUUAGGAAAUGUGAUAAGGCAACUAAGCGAGGGGAAGGAGUUUAUCAGUUAUCGCGAUUCGAAAUUGACUAGACUGCUCUCACAGGCUCUUGGCGGUAAUGCCAAAUCAUUGAUUAUCGGGAAUGAAUGUACAAAUUCAGAUGUAUAUGGAUCUGUAGUAAAACCUUUAGUCGAUUCCUUCAUGGAAGGUUUCAAUGCCACAAUAUUUGCAUAUGGCCAAACAUCUUCUGGCAAAACACACACCAUUUUGGGCAAUAAAACAGAUCCUGGGCUUUUCCAAUUAGUAUCCAAUCAGUUAUUCCAGCAUGUGGCAGACCAGGUUGAUAAGAGGUACUUGAUUAGAUGCAGUUAUAUUGAAAUCUACAAUGAAAAGAUCAAUGACCUCCUGGAUAAGAGCAAUCAGGGUUUAACUAUGAGAAGAUAUCAAAGGAAAUGUGCUGCUUGA